UACUUUACGAUACUUUAGUAUAAUCGCAGAAGCGCGAAUAUUCGCCUGCGGUUACACGCUUCUCGCGAAUGUGUACGCUCCUUCAAUCUCAACACCGUUACGUUCACUGACCGAGAACCGCGUGUCUCGCCAUCGAUUACGAAAGUCAUGCUAUUUUACACCUUCUUUUUCUGUGUUUCCUUACCUCUUCAUCGUGUUAUGUCAUAUAAGAUCCACUUUGGAUCUAGUUUCUGAUAAAGAUUGCGUCUCAUUAAGAAAUCGAUUAAAUUGUCGCAAACUCGAAAAAAGAGGGAGGAAUAAUUUAUUAAUCUUGACAAAAAAAACUUAUUUUCUUUGAAUCAAUUAAUUAUUUUUCGUUACUUUCUUUCUUGAGUAAAGUAUGAAUCUUUAGUUACAAGCUCAUGAAUUUAAAAAAGAGCAUAAGUGUAUUUUUUUAAAAUAUAAUAAAUAUGUCAUUUGCUGCAUAGCAAGAUGCAUAAGCUUGCAUAUCUUUCGAACGUCAUAAAUCUUAUCGCGACCGUUAAAGUAUAUUUACAGUGCUAUCGAUCUUGAUACUUAAACCCUUUUUUUUUUCAAUAAAAGGAAAAUAUUGCAGUUUCUUUUUUCACGCAAAAAUCUCUCAUCUUUUCUUCGCCGAAAAUUGGAGCAUCCGCGUGUAUCCGUACAUCGUCACGCUUCAUUCUCGCAGAUAUUCGGCCCGUUACGCCUCACGCGAUUAUGCAUCCGACUGUGAGAAAUGUCGGAAGAGGAAACAAAAGCGGUGUAAAAAAAAGAGUUUCACCGGUACACACACACAUAGAGAGCGUGCAUUCAAGGGACGCAGCGGUUGCGUUAUAGAAAGCACGUGCAUCGCGAGGAAUCGCUCACGUUCGUUUUGAAUCGUGCCAAUAGACCUGAAUGAAUUUACAACUGAACAUACUCUAUUACGGGGCCAUUACACGUUCGUUACGACGACGACGACGACGACGGCCAGAUGAGUUGCAACUGCCCAUUAACUCCGACCAUAGGACCCACAUUAGCCUCAACAUGCGGCGGAACAUCCUUUAUGCUCUUCAUGGGAUUGCUCGAGGUAUUUUUACGCAGCCAGUGUGAUCUGGAGGACCCGUGUAACAGACCUGCAACGCGGAACAAUGCCAAUGCGAGGUACGACUUUGUAGUAAUCGGUGGCGGUAGCGCGGGGGCGACUGUCGCGGCCAGAUUAUCGGAGGAACCGAGAUUCUCGGUGUUGUUGCUGGAAGCUGGAUUGGACGAGCCGACGGGCACUCAGAUACCCUCGUUUUUCUUUAACUUCAUCGGCAGCGAUAUUGACUGGCAAUACUCUACCGAGAGCGAGGACGGAGCUUGCUUAAACAAGGAGAGCAGAAAAUGUUAUUGGCCUAGAGGGAAAGUUCUCGGUGGUACCAGCGUCAUGAACGGAAUGACAUAUAUGAGAGGAUCGCGCAAAGAUUAUGAUGAUUGGGCCAAGCUCGGUAAUAUCGGAUGGUCUUAUCGCGAUGUCCUUCCGUAUUUUAUAAGGAGCGAGGAUAAUCAACAAGUGAACAAUAUGGAUUACGGUUAUCACGGUGUCGGCGGACCGCUCACGGUCAUGCAGUUUCCCUAUCAUCCGCCGUUAAGUUCUGCUCUCCUGGAGGCCGGAAAAGAAUUAGGAUACGACACGGUCGAUCUGAAUGGACGGACGCACACAGGAUUUGCCAUUGCUCAAACCACGUCGAGAAAUGGCUCGCGGCUUUCCACGGCGCGGGCUUUCCUACGUCCUGCCCGGAAUCGUCCGAAUCUCCACAUAAUGCUGAACUCGACAGUGAUGAGAAUUCUCUUCGACGAGAACAACAGAGCGGUUGGCGUCGAGUUCGUCCACGACGGGAAGACCCAACGCGUCUCGGUGGCGAAGGAGGUGGUCGUGAGCGGAGGCGCCGUAAACUCGCCGCAAAUCCUCUUAAACAGCGGCAUAGGACCUCGAGAGGAGCUGAAUGCGGUGGGUGUACCGGUUGUUCGCGAUCUCCCGGGUGUCGGCAAGAAUCUUCACAACCACGUCGCCUACACAUUGACCUUCACCAUUAAUGAUACCGAUACUACACCUCUUAAUUGGGCGACCGCCAUGGAAUAUCUAUUAUUCAGGGAUGGUUUGAUGUCCGGUACAGGAAUAUCCGAGGUGACAGCAAUGAUAAACACCAAGUAUGCAGAUCCGAGGGAGGAUCAUCCCGACGUUCAGCUAAUCUUCGGCGGUUACCUGGCCGAUUGCGCGAAGACCGGUAUGGUGGGCGAGAAGAAGGGGUCGAACCGCAGCAUCUACAUCAUCCCGACGAUUCUGCAUCCGAAGAGCCGUGGUUAUCUGCGCUUGCGAAACAACGAUCCUCUCUCGAAGCCACUGAUCUACCCCAAGUAUCUGACUCAUGCUGACGACGCGGCCGCUCUCGUAGAAGCUAUCAAGUUCAGCAUCAGGUUAUCGGAGACCCAAGCACUCAAGAGAUACGGUUUCGAGCUGGAUCGAACUCCCGUGCAGAAUUGCGAACAUCUUAAGUUUGGCUGCGACGCUUACUGGGAAUGCGCGAUUCGUCAUGAUACUGCGCCUGAAAAUCAUCAAGCGGGAUCCUGCAAGAUGGGACCACCGGACGAUCCUCUCGCCGUGGUCGAUAAUCAGUUACGUGUCAGAGGGGUACGAGGGGUGAGGGUGGCUGAUACGAGUAUUAUGCCGAAGGUGACGUCCGGCAACACAAACGCGCCGGCGAUUAUGAUCGGUGAAAGAGCGGCAGACUUUAUCAAGAAAACUUGGAUCGAUUGAUUUGAGCCGAUUUAAUCGAAUGAUUCUUACCAUUUUGCAAAAUAUCGUGUUCCAGACAACACAAAUAAUUUAACGAGAUUGUAAAGAAGUUUAAAAAACAUCCCAACUUUCAGAUGUUUUUUAUUCGUGUUUUACUCUCUUUUGGUUUUUUGCAUUCUUCGAAUCUCCCGUUGUAGAUGAAAAUAACAUACGCUUCAAAUAUAGAUUCACAUAUUUUUCAGGCGAUCUUGUGAAAUUUCGACAAUUGAUUAAUAGAAUCUUGCUAUUUUUGUAAGUUAUAUGUUAAACAAUCUGUCAGAACGAUAAUUUUUUAGUAUAAAAUUAUUUUGCCGAUGAGAAGAAAUGUUACAGCUUUUCGUAGUUAUAUGAUAGGAUUUGUAAGAUUUUAUUCUAUUUUUGACAAAGAUUUGAUUCUACACUAAUUUGGUAUACCGUACGUUUAAGUUUGUUUUAUGGUAAGUUUUUUACUGAAGAUUAUGUGUAUCUCCGUACCAAAUAGAUUCAUUAAUCGCGAUAACUUUUAAUAAGUAGACCAUUUUGAUUGCAAAUUUCCUCUGCAUUUCCACCGACAAUAGAUAGAAUAAGCGACCUCGUGACUGUAAAUAGUACAUUACCGCAGUGUAUUCUUUUACGAAUCACUCCGUAAAAUAAUGUACAAAUAAAGAAUAUUUUAUCGCGAAAUUAUUUUAUCUCAUGUCUUUCGAAAUAUGUAUCGUCAACUUGAGAUACGUCCUAACAUGUUUCUCCUUAUCGAAUAAAAAUUUCCAACUUGAAAUUUUCAGUCUCGCUUUUAUGAAACUUGAAUCUUUGAUCGAUAUUUGAUCAAGAAAGUCGACAACAAAAAUGGGAUUGGAAAACUUUGGAUAUAUGUUACAAGUAAUGCAUUUAUGUGAUAAUCAUAUAGAUAUUAUAUAAUAUGUAACUCUUAAAGAGAAUGUGGAUACAUUCGUAAUAUUAUAAUUUAUGCUAAUGACUACAUUAACAAAUAAUACUGAUUACACGCACACAUACAUUUAUCGAUAUCUCUCUUUUUAGGAAAUUGCGUAUUUUAUACGUAAGACUAGAUGUUUUUUUUUU